AUGGAGACUUUUUUAAAAACGGAUGCACACAAUGAUUUCAGAAAUAAUAUUCAUAUUAUAAAAUAGUGCCACAACAGUAAUUAAUAAAUAAAAGAUUGUAAAAAUCUAUUAUAAAAUAUUAGGUGAAUUCCUACACAAUUUAGAUUUAGUUGAAUAGACAAUCAAAAACGCCUCAAAUAAUAGAGAAAAAAAUUAUCAACAAUUAGAUGUAAACAUAAUUAAUGCAAAAAGGUUUUAUCAGUAUGGUAUAAUAUAGCAAUUAGUUGUUAGGAUAAUCAUUAUCUAAUGUGAAUUAACAUCAUAAAGCCUUAGAAUAAUUUAUUAAAGCAACUUUAUUAGAUCCAAAUAAUGACGUAUAUCAUCUAGCUAAAAGUAGAAGUAAAUUCUAUAUUGAGGUAAUCAACUACUUAAUCUUGAAUAAUACAAAGAGGCCAUUGAGUGUUGUAAAGGUACUAUCGAAUUAAAUCCUUAAUCUUAUCUAGCUCAUUGUAAUUAUGGUAAAAAUAUCUAUUCAAUUUUAAUAGGUUUCGCUUUAAAUAGAAUUAAUUCUCAAGAAUAAGCAAGAAUAUUUCUAGAAAAAGCAAUAUAAAUUAAUCCAAAAGACGUUUAAGCAUAUAUUAUUAAAGGUCUUAUUAUUAUAAAUGUAGGUGAGAUGUUAUUAGAAUAGUAAAGUUACAAAGAAGCUCUUUAAUGUUUUGAAACAGCAAUCGGAAUUAACCCUAAUGCUUAUCCAGCUUAUAAAUUUUAGGGUAAAAAGCAAAAUAUUCUAGCUCUUAUUUUAAAUAAAUUGGAAAAUUUCAAAGAGGCUUUCAAUGUUAGUUUGAAAGCAUUUGAAAUUAAAGUCGAUGACUUGGACUCAUACAUAUCAUUAAGUAUCUAUGUAAUAUAUUAAGCUUUUGCUCUAAAUUAAUUAAAAGACUUUGAAAGAGCAAUCUAAUAUUGUGACGAUGCCAUAUAAAAUUAAUUGAAGUCUGAUAUUAUAUAUAAUAAUAAAGGUAUUUUCAUAAAAUAUUAAUAAUUAUCAAUUAGGUUAUGCAUUAUUGAAUUUAUAAUCGUAUUAAAAAGCUAUAUAAAAUUUUGAUAAAGCUUUAGAAAUUAAUCCUAUUAAUGAAUUUGCAUUAAAUAAUAAAGGUCUUAUAAUAAAACUAUAUUAGGUGAUGCGUUAUCUGGCUUAAAAUAGUAUUAAUAAGCCUUAAAAAAUUAUAAAUAGGCUUAUUAAAUUUCAAAAGAUCCAAAUCAUCUAGUCAAAUAAUUGUAAUUAAAAUUAUAGAUUCAAUAAGGAGAAUAAUAAUAAUGA